AUGACUGACAAAUUUUUCUCUUCCUCUCUUACUUUUAACUUUCGGCCUUUCAUUUUUUUUUCCCAUUUUUUUUUCCUUUUUUUCAGAUUCCCUUCUCACGUUUCAUGUCUUAUCUGUUUAGAUCUCUUUUAUUUCUCCUCUCUUGGUUUUCUUCUUUUUUUUUCUCUUUUUUUUCUAUUCGUUCUCGAUUUAUGCAAUUCUUUCUUUCUUUUCUUUCUCUCUUCUCUACAGUUAUUUUUUUCUUUCCCUUUCUCUUUUCGCCUUACUUUUAUAUUUUAUUCUUUCACACUCUCACGCCUUUUAUCUCAUCUACUAUUCAGAUUUCCUUGUAUUUGUUUUCCUUUCUCGUCUUUAUCCUUUUUUAAUUUUUUCUCUUCAAUCUUCGUCCUCUUUCUUUCUUUUUCUCUUCAAUCUUCCUCUUCUUUCUUUCUUUCUUUCUUUUUCCCUUCAAUCUUCUUCCUCUUUCUUUCUUUUUCUCUUCAAUCUUCCUCUUUCUUUCUUUCUUUCUUUCUUUCUUUUUCUCUUAAAUCUUCUUCCUCUUUCUUUCUUUCUGUUUUCAAUCUUCCUCCUCUUUCUUUCUUUUUCUCUUCAAUCUUCCUCUUCUUUCUUUCUUUCUUUCUUUCUUUCUUUUUCUCUUCAAUCUUCGUCUUCUUUCUUUCUUUUUCUCUUCAAUCUUCCCCCUCUUUUCUUCCUUUUUUUUCUUCAAUCUUCUUUUCUUUCUUUUCUUUUUCUUUUUUUUUUUUUCUUCAAUCUUCUUCCUCUUUCUUUCUUUUUCUCUUCAAUCUUCCUCCUCUUUCUUUCUUUUUCUCUUCAAUCUUCCCUCUUUCUUCCUUUUUCUCUUCAAUCUUCUUUUCUUUCUUUCUUUCUUUUUCUUUUUUCUUUUUUCUUUCAAUCUUCGUCCUUUCUUUCUUUUUCUCUCUUCAAUCUUCUUUCUUUUCUUUCUUUCUUUUUUUUUUUUUCUUUCAAUCUUCCCCCUCUUUCUUCCUUUUUUCUCUUCAAUCUUCUUUUUCUUUCUUUUUUUCUUUCUUUUUUUUUUUUUCUUUCAAUCUUCGUCCUUUCUUUCUUUUUUUUUUUCUCUUCAAUCUUCCCCCUCUUUCUUCCUUUUUUUUUUUCAAUCUUCUUUUUUCUUUUCUUUUUUUUUUUUUUUUCUUUCAAUCUUCGUCCUCUUUCUUUCUUUUUUCUCUUCAAUCUUCCUCCUCUCUUUCUUUCUUUUUUUCUCUUCAAUCUUCCCCCUCUUUCUUCCUUUUUCUUCAAUCUUCUUUUUCUUUUUCUUUCUUUUUUUUUUUUUUUCUUCAAUCUUCCCCUCUUCCUUUUUUUUUUCUCUCCUCAAUCUUCUUCUUCAUUCUUUCUUUCUUUUUCUUUCUUUUCUUUUCUUUUUUUUUUUUUUCUCUUCAAUCUUCUUCCUCUUUCUUUCUUUUUUUUUUUCUUCAAUCUUCGUCCUCUUUCUUUUCUUUUUUUCUCUUCAAUCUUCCUCCUCUUUCUUUUUUUUCUCUUCAAUCUUCCCCUUUUCUUCCUUUUUUUCUUCAAUCUUCUUUCUUUCUUUCUUUUUCUCUUCAAUCUUCUUUCUUUCUUUCUUUCUUUUUUCUUUUUCUCUUCAAUCUUCCCCCUCUUUCUUCCUUUUUCUCUUCAAUCUUCUUUCUUUCUUUCUUUCUUUCUUUUUUCUUUUUCUCUUCAAUCUUCGUCCUCUUUCUUUCUUUUUCUCUUCAAUCUUCCCCCUCUUUCUUCCUUUUUCUCUUCAAUCUUCUUUCUUUCUUUCUUUCUUUUUUCUUUUUCUCUUCAAUCUUCGUCCUCUUUCUUUCUUUUUCUCUUCAAUCUUCCUCCUCUUUCUUUCUUUUUCUCUUCAAUCUUCCCCCUCUUUCUUCCUUUUUCUCUUCAAUCUUCUUUCUUUCUUUCUUUCUUUUUUCUUUUUCUCUUCAAUCUUCUUCCUCUUUGUUUCUUUUUCUCUUCAAUCUUCCUCCUCUUUCUUUCUUUUUCUCUUCAAUCUUCUUUCUUUCUUUCUUUCUUUUUGCUUUUUCUCUUCAAACUUCCCCCUCUUCCUUUUUCUCUCCUCAAUCUUCCACUUCAUUCUUUCUUUCUUUCUUUCUUUCUUUCUUUCUUUUUCUCUUCAAUCUUCUUCCUCUUUCUUACUUUUUCUCUUCAAUCUUCGUCCUCUUUCUUUCUUUUUCUCUUCAAUCUUCCUCCUCUUUCUUUCUUUUUCUCUUCAAUCUUCCCCCUCUUUCUUCCUUUUUCUCUUCAAUCUUCUUUCUUUCUUUUCUUUUUUUUUUUUUUUUCUCUUUCAAUCUUCGUCCUCUCUUUUCUUUUUUCUUUCAAUCUUCUUUCUUUCUUUCUUUCUUUUUUCUUUUUCUCUUCAAUCUUCCCCCUCUUUCUUCCUUUUUCUCUUCAAUCUUCUUUCUUUCUUUCUUUUUUCUUUUUCUCUUCAAUCUUCCCCCUCUUUCUUCCUUUUUCUCUUCAAUCUUCUUUCUUUCUUUCUUUCUUUUUUCUUUUUCUCUUCAAUCUUCCUCCUGUUUCUUUCUUUUUCUCUUCAAUCUUCUUUCUUUAUUUCUUUCUUUCUUUUUUCUUUUUCUCUUCAAUCUUCCCCCUCUUCCUUUUUCUCUCCUAAAUCUUCCUCUUCUUUCUUUCUUUCUUUCUUUCUUUCUUUUUUCUUUUUCUCUUCAAUCUUCCUCUUCUUUCUUUCUUUCUUUUUUGCUUUUUCUCUUCAAUCUUCCUCUUCUUUCUUUCUUUUUCUCUUCAAUCUUCUUUCUUUCUUUCUUUCUUUCUUUCUUUCUUUCUUUCUUUCUUUCUGUCUUCAAUCUUCCUCCACUUUCUUUCUUUUUCUCUUCAAUCUUCCUCUUCUUUCUUUCUUUUUCUCUUCAAUCUUCCCCCUCUUUCUUCCUUUUUCUCUUCAAUCUUCCUCUUCUUUCUUUCUUUCUUUUUUCUUUUUCUCUUCAAUCUUCCUCCUCUUUCUUUCUUUUUUCUUCAAUCUUCUUUCUUUUUUUUUUUUUUUUUCUCUUCAAUCUUCGUCCUCUUUUCUUUUUUUUUUUUCUUCAAUCUUCCUCCUCUUUCUUUCUUUUUUUUUUCAAUCUUCCCCCCUUUUCUUUUUUUUCUUCAAUCUUCCUCUUCUUUUUUCUUUUUUUUUUUUUUCUCUUCAAUCUUCCCCCUUUUCUUCCUUUUUCUUUCAAUCUUCUUUCUUUCUUUCUUUCUUUUUCUCUUCAAUCUUCCUCUUCUUUCUUUUUUUCUUUUUUUCGUUUUCUCUUCAAUCUUCCUCCUCUUUCUUUCUUUUUCUCUUCAAUCUUCCUCUUCUUUCUUUCUUUCUUUCUUUCUUUCUUUCUUUCUUUUUCUCUUCAAUCUUCUUACUCUUUCUUUCUUUUUCCGCUACGUGAAAGAGACAGCCGAAGGAAUGGAGACGAUUUUUGGUCCAACGCACACUUGUAUUAUUUGGCUCAAUACAAUAUCGAGAACUUAGAAAUCGUUAGUAAAACAGCAACAACAAAAGAAACAGUUGCUGCAUCAACUGCAUCACUAUCUAUCUAUCUAUCUAUCUAUCUAUCUAUCUAUCUAUCACAUAAAUUUAUUAUAAAUAAAUGCAAAAGAUAUAACAUCUAUCUAUCUAUCUAUCUAUCUAUCUAUCUAUCUAUCUAUCUGAACCUCUUUAUAAUCUAUCUAUCUAUCUAUCUAUCUAUCUAUCUAUCUAUCUAUCUAUCUAUCUAUCUAGAUUUCUCGUCCUGUUGUUGCCAAUAG